CUCCAUCCCUCCUCACCUCCCCCCCCACCACUCAAAAUGUCACAGCAAUCCCAUUUCUCUAUAUCAUUCUUUUAUGCCUUCAUAUCAUUAUUAUUUAUUCACCAUGUCCUUGCUUCUACUAGAACCACUCCACAAGUUCAAACCUUCAACACAAAACCAGACAUUAUAAACCCAAAACUUCCGCCAAGAACCCUCUCCUCCUCUAAAAAAUUUGAGGGAUCAUCAGAUUUAGUCCAUCUUCGUUACCAUAUGGGUCCAGUUCUCUCUUCAACUCCGAUAAACAUCUACCUUAUCUGGUAUGGCCGUUGGGCUAAUUCUCAAAAACUUCUCAUCAAAGACUUCCUCAACUCCAUCUCCCCCACCACUGUUGCCGCCAAGCCCUCCGUCUCUGAGUGGUGGCGCACCGUGUCUUUGUACACAGAUCAAACUGGAGCUAAUGUCUCACGCUCAAUACUCAUAGCUGGUGAAUAUACUGAUAGUGCUUAUUCACAUGGGACUGGCUUAACAAGACUUACAAUCCAACAAGUGAUAGCUUCAGCAGUAAAGUCUGCACCUUUCCCUGUAGAUCACAAGAAUGGGAUCUACCUUAUAUUGACAUCACAAGAUGUGACUAUGCAAGACUUUUGUAGGGCGGUGUGUGGAUUUCAUUAUUUUACAUUUCCAUCAAUGGUUGGCUACACACUGCCUUAUGCUUGGGUUGGUAACUCAGGCAAACAAUGUCCCGAAGUAUGCGCUUACCCUUUUGCAGUCCCUGGUUACAUGGGUGGAGGGGGGCCAGGAGCCUUGAAGUCACCAAAUGGGGAUGUGGGCGUGGAUGGGAUGAUUAGUGUUAUAGGCCAUGAGCUCGCAGAAUUGUCUUCAAAUCCUUUAGUGAAUGCUUGGUAUGCUGGGGAGGAUCCAACAGCACCAACUGAGAUAGGGGACUUGUGUGAAGGGUUGUAUGGGACAGGUGGUGGUGGUGGGUAUACAGGGCAGGUUAUGAGGGAUACGCAAGGUAAGACUUUUAAUAUGAAUGGCAGAAGAGGUAGAAAGUUCUUGGUGCAAUGGAUCUGGAGCCCUGAGUUGAAGGCAUGUUCUGGUCCUAAUGCUCUGGACUGAAUAGGGGUGGUGGUCUUUUCCAGGACAUUGAAUAAUGGGAAAGAAGAAAAAAAAGAGAGAAGAAUAGAUUAUGGAUUGUUAAAAAAAUCUGGUUCUAUGCUCUUGAAUCAUGAUUUUUCUUUCAAUUUUUUUUGUAGUUCGUGGUUUAAUGUGGUGAUGGAGAUUGGAUGUAUACACAAGUGAUGAAGGUGGAGGUUGGGGGAGGAGGAGGAGUUUUUCAUUUUUGUAUUUCCUUAGUUUUAUUUUAUUUUUCUUUUUAUGGUUAAAAAUAAUUAUAGUUCAGAUGUAUAAAGAGAUGAUGUUAGAUUUUGAUUCUAUAUUUAAACAGUAAACUUAUUAAUUUACAUUUA